AUGUCAGCAAAACAAUUAUCAUCGCCAUCCAACUUAAGCGCCACAGACCCAGAGCAAGAUGAUCACAAAGCAAGCCUCAAGUCAGCCCACCGCAAGGUAGACCGCCGUCUGGUCCUCUGGUACUCGUUCGUGUACCUGAUCAUGCGGAUCCAUGUGUCCAACAUCAGCAACACAGCCAUCAUCAACCUUGAGGAAGGGGACGGCAUCAAGGCGCAGCUGGGCGGCCUGACAUCGCAGCAGUGGGCAUGGGUUCUCAGCAUCUUCUACUAUCCAUACAUGCUGCUGGAGCCGUUCGCGACGCUGGCGCUCAAGCGCUUCACGCCGCGGCUGUGGAUGGCGCGUAUCAUGGUCACCUGGGGUAUUGUUACCUAUGCGAUCUCUUUCAUGAACGGUGUCGGUGGCCUCGCUGGCUGGAGAUGGGUCUUCAUAUUGGAAGGUUUGCCAGCAAUAUUCUGUGGAAUCUACACGUUCUUCUUCCUGCCAGAUUACCCUGAGACAGCUGCCUUCCUCUCUGAGGCGGAGAAGCAAGCACUUGUUGUUGAUCUGCCCGCCCGAGCGCCGUCGAUGGCAUCCAAGACAUUUGACCUCGGCCAGAUCAAAGCAACGUUCAGCAACCCGACUUUUGUCCCGUUCCUCUUGAUUUGGAUCACUCACGGCAUCGGAGGCUUCGGAAUCACCUUCGUGUUGCCUACAGUGAUAUAUGAGUUGGGCAUAUCAGAUACGGCAAUAUCACAGCUGAUGACCAUGCCAGCAUACGCCGCCGUCUUCCUCAUCCUCCUCUCGCUGGGAUACCUCACCCAUACGAAGCGGCUCAGCCCGUGGGUGGCCGGGAUCGGGCUAGAGGUUGGGCAAAUCAUCUUCUACAUCCUGCUCAUCACAGUCGACAAUGCGACGGCGAAGUACAUUUUUGUCGUGAUAGCCACGGCUGCCACACAGAGCUUCUUCCCGAUCAUUUGGCCAGAACGUAUUAGAGCGACGAGUGGGACGACGAGUGCAGGGCUGGCGAUUGGAUUGACGAAUGGUGCGACACAGCUGAUGGGCAUCGUGGGACCACAAGUCUACCAGCCCAAGUUCGGACCGUCGUACAAGGUCAGCUACAGCACCAGUGUCGGGCUGUUGACUGUGACGGUGGCCAUGAUCGGUCUCACUUGGUUCCUGGUGCACAUGCAGGACAAAAGAGCGGAAGCGGCGGCCAUUGUCGAGAGUGAGAGCGCAAGCGUCGCAGGCGAGAAGGACAAAGCCAAGCCGCAGGGUUGUUGA